AUGGCCGUUAUCAUAAUGUUCAUAUAUAUUGGUAGGUUUCUAUACCAGAAAACUUCAAGCAACUCACAUUCGUUACCACCUGGUCCAACCCCUUUGCCGUUUAUCGGAUGCAUCAUCCAAAUGCUUCUAAAUAAACCAACUUUCCGUUGGAUCCAUAAGCUCAUGGACCAGUUUGACACCCCAAUCCUUUGCAUCCGGCUCGGACCAUCAACCCACGUCAUUUCAGUUUCGUCCCCAGACAUAGCAUGUGAGUUCCUCAAGAAACAAGAUGAAAUAUUCAUUUCAAGGCCUGAUAUCAUGUCAGCCCAUCUCAUAAUAAGCAAUGGUUAUCUCACUGCUAUCAUGUCCCCUAAUGGAGAACAAUGGAGGAAGAUGAAAAAAGUUAUAAGCCGGGAGAUUGUUUCAUCCCCAAUACACAAAUGGCUCCAACCGAAGCGUGACGAAGAAGCUGAUCAAUUGCUUAAGUACAUAUAUAACCAAACAAACAAACAAGAAGCUAUAGUUGGUGGCGCGUUAAUAAAUGUUCGUGCUGUGAGCCAACAAUUCUUUGCAAACGUGACGAAGAAUAUUGUUUUCGGGACAAGUUUCUUUGGGCAAGGAAUGGAAGACGGAGGGCCAGGUGAAGAAGAAACUGAACACGUUGCUGCACUUUUUACCAUGCUAAAGUAUGUUUAUGCAUUUUGCAUCACUGAUUAUUUCCCAUUGUUAAGAUGGAAGACUGACUUUGAUGGCCAUGAAAAGAUAAUAAGGGCUGCUAUUGAAACUGUUCGGAAGUACCAAGAUCCGUUGGUUGAUGAACGAAUUCAAAUGUGGAAAAAUUGUGUUAGAAAGGAAAAAUUUGAUAUGCUUGAUGUCCUUAUUACACUUGAAAAUACUAAGCUUACGUCGGAGGAGAUUAAAGCCCAAAUUGUUGAACUAAUGGUGGCCACAAUUGAUAAUCCGUCUAACGCUGUAGAAUGGACAAUUGGUGAGAUGAUCAAUGAACCUAUGAUCCUAAAAAAGGCGGCUGAGGAGUUGGAUCAUGUAGUAGGUCGUCAAAGGCUAGUUGAAGAGAGAGACAUACCUCAACUUAAUUACUUAAAAUCAUGCAUCAAGGAAGCUUUUAGGUUGCAUCCUUUUGCGCCUUUUCUUCCACCCCAUGUUUCAACUAAGAAUACCAUUGUUGCUGGUUACUUCAUACCCAAGGGUAGCCAUGUUAUGCUAAGUCGAUAUGGUCUGGGAAGGAAUCCAAAAGUGUGGGCGGAUCCAUUGCGGUUUGACCCAGAUCGGCAUCUAUGUGGGGAAGGAAAACAAGUAGUUCUUUCGGAUGAUGAGCUUAGGUUGAUCUCCUUUAGCACAGGAAAACGUCGUUGUCCUGGAAUAAGAUUAGGCACAACCAUGACUACAAUGUUGUUAGCAAGGAUGGUCCAGGGGUUCGUCUGGGAGGCGCCAGGUAAUGAGCGGUCCAUUGAGCUGGCUGAAAAUCACAAUGACCUUUGCAUGGCUAAACCACUUAUGGCAAUUGCUAAGCCACGAUUGCCUCGAUACAUGUACCCUACGGAUUGA